GCAGAAAUAAUCUUACGUCAAGUCAACAUAUAAUAACAGAAAAGUCUCGUUUCUUCGUAUAACCAAAGAGCCAUAAUGAUUUCAUUGUCAGAGAUGAUGGCGACGGAGACGGCACCAGAAUUUGUUACAACCACGAAAACGGAAACUGAACGGAUAGAGAAUUCGAGUGAAGUAGAUGAGGAAGAAGAGGAGAAAAUACGCCGUCAGAAGAAGUCUGAAGAAGAAGUUCUCGAAGCCAAAUGUCUUCCCGGAAUCAUCAGUGCUUAUCUCAAUUAUCCCAAGGCUGCGGAAGAAAAUCUGAAAAAAUGCGAAAGAUCAUAUCAGAAGCUGUCCCCUGCGCACAAGGCAUUGGUAACCCAUUUCCCUACGAAGUUGCAGAGAUUAAGAAGGUGUAUAUCGAUGAAAUCACAUUUCAUAUAUAAUAUGCUUCAGGUUUUUGAGCCCCCUAUAGACUUGAGUAAGCACAUGCGCGAGCCAAUAACAGGAGCACUGUCUAUCGAGGGGUUUCAAAGGGAUGAAACUCAUCAUCAUGAUCAUUCCCUCACGAAUACAGAGAUAAGAAUCAAUAAUAAGACAUGUGAAUUUGUUGGAGGCCAGAUAAAUCAUGACCAUGGCAGUGUACCAUUUUCAUCUCAGGAUUGGUUGGAUUCAUCGUUACAGACGCAUGUUCCUCAGGUUGAUGUAAAUAAGGUUCGUUGGGUAAUAAGGAAUAUAGUUCGAGACUGGGGAGCAGAGGGUCAGAGAGAAAGAGAUGAAUGCUACAAGCCUAUCCUUGAAGAGAUUGAUUCCUUGUUCCCUGAUCGUCACAAGGAGAGCACUCGUCCUACCUGUUUAGUCCCUGGUGCUGGACUUGGUCGGCUGGCCCUUGAAAUUUCUUGUCUAGGUUUCAGAAGCCAAGGCAAUGAAUUUUCAUACUACAUGAUGUUAUGCUCAAGUUUUAUUCUUAAUUAUACACAAUCGCCUGAUGAGUGGACAAUAUACCCCUGGAUACACACUAACUGCAAUUCCCUCUCGAAUGAUGAUCAACUACGCCCUAUUUCUAUUCCUGAUAUUCAUCCUGCAAGUGCAGGAGUAACAGAAGGUUUCUCUAUGUGUGGUGGUGAUUUUGUUGAAGUAUUCAAUGAAUCAAGUCAAGCAUGAAUGUGGGAUGCAGUUGUGACUUGCUUUUUCAUCGAUACGGCUCAUAACAUCAUCGAAACCAUAUCCAAGAUCUUAAAGGAUGGAGGAGUACGUCAUUUCCCUGUUACGUUUGGAUUAAUUUAUCACUUCGCAGACGAACAUGGCCUGGAAAAUGAAAUGUCGAUUGAGCUAAGUUUGGAGGAUGUAAAGAGGGUUGCUUCACAUUAUGGGUUUGAGAUGGAGAAAGAAAAAACAAUUGAAACAACAUACUCUACAAAUCCCCGGUCUAUGAUGAAGAAUCGAUACUAUCCUGUCUUCUGGACAAUGAGGAAGAAAUGUGUUACAACAACUUAAACCAAAUAUUCCUUACUAUAUGCACUAUUUCUUUUCUUGUUGCAAAACAAUUAAACUGUGUUUUCGGUUGAUGUUAAGACUAAACUGUGUAUUUCGGUUGAUGUUAAGACCAAAACUCACCUAAAAUUUUAUUA